AUGAAAGGCUCAUCAAGAGGUAACCGCAUAUUCUCCGAAGAGAACAGCAUUCGUGGCCAGAAGUUCGACAAGUUGCAGAACUCCCCGGAGCAUAACGACUCCACUUUUACGAUCAGUAGCCCCCCAGACUACGGCCCGGAUUACUUAAUGGGCGCAGAGGAGGCGGCCCCAGCGUCUCCUCUCAAAAAGUCCCCGUGGUCCGCCCACAUGAACAUUAGUGACGACAAGAAUAAUAGUAACGACUCUUCAGACGAGAGCUUCUCGCCCAACGUGCUCAUGGGCUCGUUGGUGCGCGAAGAAGGGCACAUAUACUCGUUGGCCUCCUCUGGAGACUUAUUGUACACGGGUUCGGAUAGCAAGAACAUUCGAAUUUGGAAGAAGCACCACGAGUAUUCGGGGUUCAAGUCGAAUAGCGGCCUGGUAAAAGCGAUCAUCAUAGCUAGGGAGAAGAUCUUCACCGGUCAUCAAGACGGGAAAAUUAGGGUUUGGAAGGUGUCCUCCAAGAACGCAAGCAAUCACAGGCGGAUAGGAACUUUGCCAACGUUGAAGAAUUACAUAAAGUGUUCCAUGAAGCCAAGUAAUUACGUGGAAGUGAAACGCAAUAGUAAAAUCCUAUGGAUCAAGCACUUUGAUUCCAUCUCAUGCUUGAGCUUGAGCGAAGAUCAGACGUUGCUUUACUCGGCCUCCUGGGACAAGACGUUUAAGGUUUGGAGGGUUUCAGAUUUCAAGUGCUUAGAGUCAAUUACCGCUCAUGACGAUGCAGUUAAUGCCUUGGUUGUUGGAUUCGAUGGAUUGGUCUUCACCGGAUCCGCUGAUGGAACGGUGAAGAUUUGGCGAAAAGAGUUACAAGGAAAAGGGACAAAGCACUUCUUCUCACAAACCCUUUUAAAGCAAGAAUGCGCGGUCACAGCAUUGGCUGUGAACUCGAACGCCACGAUCAUUUAUUGUGGAUCGUCCGAUGGGCUAGUCAACUUUUGGGAACGGGAGAAGAACCUCCAACACGGCGGAGUUUUGAGAGGACAUAAGUUGGCGGUUCUUUGCCUAGCCACGGCCGGGUGCUUGGUAUUCAGCGGCUCCGCAGACAUGGGGAUUUGCGUAUGGAGAAGAGUAGAUGGGGACCACAUUUGCUUGUCGGUGCUGACGGGGCACACUGGGCCGGUGAAGUGCUUGGCCGUGGAGAGAGACAAUGAGAACUCAACGUCCGGAGAGAAAAGGUGGAUAGUGUACAGUGGGAGUUUGGACAAGUCGGUGAAGAUGUGGAGGGUUUCAGAGCAAGCACCGCCGAUGGUGCCGAAUCAGAAGCACCAGCAUUACACGUCGGAUGGAUAUUGUGUGCCAAUGUUGAGCGCGGCGCCUAGCUUUGCUUCUCGUGGAGGGAAAAUGGGUUCAAGAAGAUUUUAG